AUGGACACGAAAGCUCGUGUUGAUGGUGAAAGCAGUGAUCAAGCCGUGAAGCAUCUUUUGUCGGACAAGCUGAUCAACACAACUGACCAGACUUCACAAUUUCUCGAAGAAUGUUCCGGUGUGCGCUUGCUGCCUGAAUUUGUAUGGGAUUGGAUCUGCUGGUCUGGUAAUAAAACAUUUGACAUCUUGGAUUUUGCGGGUGAGGUAGUGGCGAACUUUUUAGGACUCAAUCAAUCGAAAUAUCAAUGGAUCAUCGAUGCUCAAGAGCGUGAGGAGCAGAAAAAGCAGCAGCGACGACUUGAAAUGCGCCAACGUCGUCAGCUUUGUUUAGAGCAACUUCUUAAAACAGAACAGCGUAAACUUGAGGAACUUGAAAUCGGUGCGCGUAACAAGGAGGCGGUCUUUAUUGACUCAUCUGACGCAAAGCAUUAG